AUGGAAGGCCACAAGGCAGAAGAUGAAGUGUUAGAUAUUCUUCGACUGAAUGUGGGUGGCUGUAUGUACACAGCCAGACGGGAGUCUUUGUGUCGUUUUAAGGACUCAAUGCUGGCGUCCAUGUUCAGUGGUCGUUUUCCUCUCAAAACGGAUGAAUCAGGGGCGUGUGUUAUUGACCGUGAUGGGCAUCUAUUUAAAUACCUUUUGGAUUAUCUUCAUGGAGAAGUUCAGAUUCCCACUGAUGAGCAAACGCGUGCUGCCCUGCAGGAAGAGGCUGAUUACUUUGGGAUCCCUUAUCCAUACAGCCUGCCUGACCACUUGGCCAAUGAAAUGGAGACAUAUUCUUUAAGGUCAAAUAUAGAACUUAAAAAGGCUUUAACAGACUUCUGUGAUUCAUAUGGCUUAGUUUGCAAUAAACCAACAGUUUGGGUUCUACACUAUCUUAACACAUCUGGAGCAAGCUGUGAGAAUAGAAUUAUUGGUGUGUAUGCUACAAAAACUGAUGGAACAGAUGCUAUUGAUAAACAGCUGGGAGGAAGAAUUCAUAGUAAAAGCAUUUUUAAAAGAGAGGCGGGAAAUAACGUUCAGUACAUCUGGAGUUACUACUCAGUAGCAGAAUUGAAGAAAAUGAUGGAUGCCUUUGAUACAUGGGAAGGAAAAGGUGUUAGCUACUGGCGGAUACCACGCGAGCUGAUAGAGUGCUGGACGCUGGAAGAACAGCCUCUGCUUGGAAGCCUGCGACACAUGGCCCCAAUUCGAAAAAGGCGACUGGUGACUUUCAACGAAGAGGAAGAAAGCGUGAACUGCAAGACUGGUCCUAAGCCAGUAAGGUAUUUGGGCCCUUCCACAAGCACCCAGAUCAAAGUCAAGAACUCAGCUUCAGUCAGGGUGUCUCCAGCCAGGGCUCCCCAGACCUUGGCAAACCGGCCUCACAGCAGCCCUGCACCUUCAAAAGCUGAGCCCGCUGUGGGGGCAAGGGCAUGCCGGGAGCCCCCGGCUGCCUGGGGAACCAGGAGUGCUGAAAAUGGGGCUGCACACCCACCUCCAGCAAAGCUUCUACUCUCUGACAAGAAGCCUACACCCAACCGAGUAAUCAAACUGAAGCGGACUCCUCUGUGUGCCGCCGUGCCUUCUCCGCCCACCUCGGCGGCAGUGAAGCAGACCCACUCCCCGGAGUUGCCUGCUCCCAAAGCUUCCAGCGCCGUGGGUGUGUGGACCGAAAACGGGAAGGACGAAAGUCACUGA